GUCUGACGCUCUGGAGACGUCUGACCAAAGUAGAGCAGGUCCAGGAUGCAGGACACCCAUGUGGUUCCUGAGGAGAGGGAGCAGAUCUAUAGCUCUAUGAAACAUUUGCAGUGACUUCCUGUGUUUGUGGACUCACCUGCUUUGGGCAGGUUAAAGCGGAAGUUGCGUGUGGCAUGUGACGUCACCGGAAGUGCAAAACGUAUACAACAAACAUGGCGUCAGCCGGCGAGGCCACGGUAAAGAAGGCACACGUGGGAAAAAAAGAAAAGAAGCGCCCGGCUCGUUACUGGCUAAAAGCACAGCAUGGGGAAAAACCUACAAAGAAAAGAAAGCGUGAGGGGCAACGAGAAGAUGCUCCGAAGAGUUCCAUUUCAGGGAAAGCCGACCCGUUCCCUGGGCCUGCUCCUGUUAGACAGGACAGGGUGCAGAGGUUCAAGAGAGAGAGAUCUAAAAAGUUGAAGCCCCAUCGCAACAAUUUAAAGUUGAAACGCAUAAUAACUGGCACAAAAAAAGAUUCAGAAAUGGCCCAGGAACAUGCUGCUCGGGUCGACGUCCUACUCCCAGAGGAACCGGGGUUUUUGGAAGGAGAUGAAGAUGAAGACACAUGUACUAUAUCACAGGAAGAUAUUGCAGAGGCUGUGGAUAUAACAUCUGGAGCAAAGUAUUUUAAUUUGAAACUCUCUCAGUUUGGACCAUAUCGCCUGGAUUACAAUAAGACUGGACGUCACUUGCUGCUUGGUGGCAGGAGGGGCCACGUUGCUUGUAUAGACUGGCAGACCAAACAGCUGAUGUGUGAGAUAAAUGUGAUGGAGUCUGUCAAUGAUGUCAAGUGGCUCCACACAGAAGCCAUGUAUGCGGUGGCUCAGAAGAAGUGGCUUUACAUAUAUGACUCUAAGGGAAUAGAGCUCCACUGCAUCCGCAAGUUCAAUGACGUCCUCCGUAUGCAGUUUCUUCCCUACCACUUUUUGCUCGCCACAGCGAGUGCUACAGGUUUUCUGCAGUACCUUGACGUGUCUGUGGGAAAGGAGGUGGCUGCCAUUUGCACCAAGUCAGGUCGCCUCGACGUGAUGUGCCAGAACUCUCAAAAUGCCAUCAUCCACCUGGGCCACCCUAAUGGCACGGUCACCCUCUGGUCACCCAACCAGAAAGAAGCCCUUGUGAAGUUGCUGUGCCACCAGGGUGGUGUGCGAUCUGUUGCUGUGGACAAGACGGGGACAUACAUGGUGACGUCUGGCAUGGACAAAAAGAUGAAGGUCUAUGACAUUAGAGCCUUCAAGCCCCUGAAGUCGUACUUCCUUCCUGCUGGAGCGUCCUGUUUGUCACUGAGCCAGAGGGGGCUGCUGUCUGCAGCUACAGGGGAUGUUGUUCAGGUGUACCGGGAUGUGUGGAGCACGCCAGUGACUAAACCAUACAUGGCUCACAGAGUGCGGGGAGCAGUCUGGGGCCUGCACUUCUGUCCCUUUGAGGAUGUUCUUGGGGUCGGUCAUGGGGAGGGUUUCACCAGCAUGCUCAUACCAGGUGCUGGUGAGCCCAACUUUGAUGGAUUUGAUGCAAAUCCAUUCCGCAGUGCCAAGCAGAGACAGGAAUGGGAGGUCAAGGCCCUCCUGGAGAAGAUUCAGCCAGAGCUUAUUAGCCUGGACCCCAAUCAGCUGGGAUAUGUUGACAGGGCAAAUAUGGCGCAAAGGCACCAAGACAGAGUCGAAGCUCUGGGAUAUGACCCACUUGCCAAAGAAAAAUUUGUUCCCAGAUUUAAGAAAAAGGGUCGAAGUUCUGCUGGUGCUGUUGAAAGGCGGAAGAAAAAGGUUGCUCACGAAGAUCAGAGGGAUGUAAUCAAGGAAGCAGUGGAGAAAAAACUGAAGGAUGAAAGAAAGAGAGUGCAGCAGAAAAAGCAGAAAACAGCAUUAUCUGAGAAGAGUGCUGCUCUGGACCGAUUCAGGAAGUAGAAGAAAGGAAGCCUUGGUGCAGCUCCAAGACCAACCAACUACAUUUUGUGGGACUGAACUGUGAGCUUAUUGCAGAGGACACGUUCCUGUUGCUGAAAGCAAAUACGAACUGCAGAGAUUCUGCGUGAUGAUGCCAAUGGGGACUCGUCCUCAUGGAUAACAGACAGAUCAAUACUCUGUGCUGAGUGCAUUGGUGGAGCAGUUGGGUUUCAUUCCUGCGGCCUGAAGCGCUUCCUGUUCACGUGACUGUGGCCGACAUGUCUAAUUUGUCUAUCAAAAUGGAGAACUUAGAUUUGAUUGUUAACUGAAAUGUUUUGAGAAAUAAAAUAAAUGAAUCUGAACCUAC